GACUUCGCAGAUCCGGAUCUCUUGCAAGUUGGCUCUGACUGGUGGGCUUUCGCGAGCAACAACCACAAAACCAUCGCCAAAAUUGGUGGCAGCUUGAUCAACGUACAAGUUGCAUACUCUCCGGAUUUCAACACAUGGUCGGUGACUGGAAGCGAUGCGUUGCCGACGGUCGGUGCUUGGGUCGACCUUAAUGCCGGCAACCAAGGUGCUGCUGUUUGGGCACCGAGUGUCAGCAAGAACAAGUCUGGUAAAUAUGUCAUGACCUACUCGGCUGCUGUCAAAGGAAGCCCAGGCAAGCAUUGCGUUGGUGCUGCCGUGGCAACUAAGCCUCAAGGCCCAUACACGCCGCAGGCCACGCCUCUCGUUUGUCCACUUUCCCAGGGUGGCGCGAUAGAUUCGGACAAUUUCCUGGACGUGGAUGGAACACAGUACGUUCUAUACAAGGUAGAUGGCAACAGCAUUGGCCAUGGCGGCUCAUGUAAUAAUGGUGUCGCGCCUAUCGUCGAUACACCUAUCAUGCUUCAAAAGGUGGCAGACGAUGGUGUUACUCCUGUUGGCAGCCCUGUCAAGCUUCUGGACCGCAGCGACCUCGACGGACCUCUGAUCGAGGCUCCUUCGCUGAUGCGUACUUCCAACGGCAAAUACGUGUUGUUCUUCAGCAGCAACUGUUUUGCGACUUCGAAGUACGAUGUCACUUAUGCAUUCGCCGACAACAUCAGCGGUCCCUAUGUUAAAGCAGGUCCUAUGUUGGUCACCGGUACUGAUAAUUUGUACGCACCUGGUGGUCAAUCGGUGGCUGCUGAUGGCAAGCAUAUGAUGUUCCAUGCC